GCCAAUUUUUGUUACAGCUUUCAGUUUCACAUAAAAACAUUACUGCAACAUCAACUAUCAACUUAGAUCUAAUUCUAGAUCUAGAUCUAGAUUCUAAUUCGUUGUUGCAUUUAAUUUCGGAUAUGCUACAACUUGGGUUGAUACAAUUAUUAUUUAAAUUAGAACUACAAUGGAUGAGGAAAUAAAGCUGUGUAUACAAGAAAUAAACCCUCAUGUUGUUUGUUCAUUAUGUGGGGGUUAUUUUAUUGAUGCUACAACUAUUACUGAAUGCCUGCACACAUUCUGCAAGAGCUGUAUAGUGAAAUAUUUGAUGAACUGCAAGCAUUGUCCUCAGUGUCAACUCAAGGUCCAUGAGACACAUCCUUUAUUUUUGCUUCGGCCUGACAGAACCUUGCAAGAUAUAGUUUAUAAGCUGAUUCCUAACCUUUUUGAAAAUGAAGAAUUGCGUAGAGAAGAAUUCAACAAGUCAAGAGGAAUGGCCAUAGAUAAAAAACCUGGAAAUAAAACUGAAGAACCUGUUGUACCUAGGUUGUCUAGUAUCAUCAACAAUCCAGAUGGACAUUUGUACAAAAAUGAUGAGCAAAUUUGCCUUUGUCUAGAGAAAUACAGAUCUCAGCGUGUUUUGUAUCAUGGUAAAGUUCUCAGCCUGCGAUCUUUAGACAGAAAGUUUUUACGAUGUUCCAUUCGUGUUCUUGUUUCUCAUUUAAAGGCAAUGCUGUACAAAAAACUUGCUAUACCAAUUGAUUUACAGAUUGAAGUAAUGUGUGAUCGUGAAAUUUUAGCUGAUGAAGUUUCCAUGAAACAGAUAUUCCUCUUGAACUGGUUUGGCAAGGAAACACCAAUGGUCUUGUUCUAUCGAUUUCAUGAAACACCAGAAAAUGGGAUCACUUAAGUUAAAAAACAGAAGUGUUAACCAAACAUUAUCAUCAGAUGCUCUAAACUGCAUUAGUAGUACUAGUAGUUCUAUGGUAAACCUUUAAUCUAUGAUAUUAAUGAAUGUUUCCAAUGUAUGGCUCAAUAGUUGACCUAUUGCAUGGAUCUGUGUUUUUGUCCAUUUAUUAUCUUGUAUAGUUUACUACACACCAACUUCAAGUUAUUAUUAUUAAAUAUGGUACUAGAAAUUUAUUACAUUUGUGUAAAAUUUUUUAUAAAUGCCAAAAUAGCAUUGUAUAAUACGCCGACAAUUAGAAGUUAUGUCAAUUAGCCAACUUUAUGAAUGAUUAUUUAAUUGUGACUUACAUUCAAUAAUUCAAAUUAUUUGUACACAUCUGUUAAUAUCAAAGUAUACUGUCCUUUGUUAAAUAAUGCAUGUAUUAAUGUAUAAUGGCUAUAGCAUAAUUUAUGUAAAUUUGCCCCUGAACGAACAGCCCUUUAUUUAAACUUUUUUAGAUUUUAGUAUAGAACAUGAAUAGAUUUAAUUUGCUUUUUUAAAAAUGAUCUGUCAUGGUAGGUUUUUUUUUAUAUACAAGAAACAAGAGAGUUAAUAGAAGUUUAUGGUAAUAUUUUUACAAUGUCACUUAUGGAGCACUUGAUAUUUUAUGACCAUAAAACAUACAAUGACUAUAUAAUUAGAAUUCUCUACUGAAAAA